AUGAAAAGGGUAUCCAUGAAUUUAACAGUGGUGUUAACGUAUUUCUGUUUAAUAAACUGUGCAGAAUUGGAUACACGGGUUGGUAUUGAAUUAGAAAAUAGUCAAGAUAAUGUGAUAGAAUUGAUUCCAGAUACUGAAGUAAGCAAGAGUAGACCGGACAGCAAUCAAAGGAGAAAGAACCUGAUAAUAAAGAGGAUUGAUAUCAGAAGCAGACGAUUCAUAAAGCAGCAGAACCUAGCAAUAUUACUGGAAAUGAUGGCAUACAUAGAUUUCGAAUUGUAUUACUUCGAAUAUGGAAUGAAUGAAACAUUAAGAGUGGAAUACAUCAAUAACAAGAUAAUUGAUAAGGUAAAUGCGCUAUUUAAAGAAUAUCGGGAAGUGAAUAGUGAUUCAAAAGAAAUAAAGACAAAUGGUGAAUAUUACAGGAUGUGUGAAAAAGUAAGAAAACGAAUCAGAGAGGAGAUUGAAAGAGAUGGUAUAGAAUUGAUGAAGUACAGAGACGAACUGAAAGAUACCCAUAAUAAAUAG